GGCAAGUGACAGAUUCUUCCCCACUAACAGGACCUCUGGCUUCACUAGGGUUCCCACAGAGUGAGGAUAGUGCUAACACCUGCCUUUACCGUAUGCCAAUAGUUGGCUAUGAAGUUUUGGAAGAACGCUCUAGAUUUACGGUUUUCAAGAUACAGGUGCUUCACCAGCCCACUGGGGAUCAGUGGUUUGUGUUUCGCCGCUACACAGAUUUUGUUCGCCUUAACAGAAGACUAAAAACAGAGUUUCCAGGCCUUAGGUUUGCUUUGCCACCCAAAAGAUGGUUUGGGGACAACUUUGACCCUAUCUUCCUUGAAGAUCGACAGCUUGGGCUACAAGUUUUCAUAGAUAAUAUAAUUGGUCAUACUAGAAUCCGUGAAAAGAAGUGUGUUCGUGACUUUUUCUGUCUUGAUGAUCCUCCUGGCACCCAUGACACACUCGAGGAGAGUCGGGCUAUGUGUCAAACCUUGGAAGAUAACGUUGCUGAUCUUCAGGCGCAGCUGCGGGAAAGAGAUGGGGAAAUUGCUGUUUUACAGUCACAAGUUAACUUUCUCAUGGCCCAGCAACACACACUUGUAAAAGCACUCAGGCUAGAAUGUGAAUUACAGGGAAAAGAUCCAUACAGUCAUGGCUCCACACAUGACCUCAACUUGGCUCUUCUUAGCAUAUGUGAGAAAACCAUCAAUGGGGGCUCCAGCAAUGGUAGUGUUACUUCUUCAUUAAGAUUUGGAGUGAGGCAUACCUCUGGUGAUAGUACCCUAGGCUUUAUAUCCAAACAAACCUCUGUGGUUAAAUCUCCUUUCCAAAGAACAUUGGAGAAGGCCUUCCUUACUUGCUCAGAUUCUCGUGUUGCCUUGGAAUCAAAUUGCCACAUCACAGGAGUUAUUAAUUCACAUAACUUGGUCGAGACUCACAGUGAAACAGUUGAAGAUCAGUAAACAAUACAUUGCAAAUCUUUAUGCCAUAAGCUAAAUAUUUGAUAAUUUCUUGAUAUGUUAAUUGCUCUACAGGUUGCUAUAAUUUGGUGCUUAACAGCAACUGGUAGUUUUAAGUGAAACUAUAAUAUUUAUGUUAAGAUGUCAGUAUAUAAAAAUAUUAGUUAAGUUUUUAAAGAAAUCUAAUGCUUGAAUUAAAAUUAUAUACUGAUUCCUUCAGUAGUAUACUAGCCAUUAAUGAAGAAUUAUAUAAAGGACAAGUAUUAAAGAAUAGCUGUAUUUGUAUGAACUUAUUAAAGUUUCAGAGAUCUGUAAUUAUGUAAAUUCAGAUACUUAUAUAAAAUUGUUGAUUCACUAGUCACAUUUAUGAUUGUACUAAAGAAUGUUGUAAUCAUUUAAGAAAAAUUUACAAAAUUUGACAUAGUAUUUGUUGAUGUACAUGCAUUUACUCUUUGUAGCUUGUAAGUACAGUCUACACAGGCAAGGGGUUGAGAGAUUAUCAUAACCCCUAUACGUACCAGUGCUUCAUAGCAAUUGGAGUACAUGAUGUACUAGUACACCUAAUUCAAAUCAUCCUCAUAUUUGCUGAGAGCUGCUGAUUUUUACCUUGAGAGAGAAUGGGUCUGUGUGUUGGUUGUAUGCCAUAUAAAAAAAAAAAUCCUGCCUUAUGCAGUGCAUGAUGGGAACAGCAACUUGUGACCUUUGAGUUAAAAUAGUGACUUGGAGGCAUUUUCUAGAGUGGGUUUUGUAGUUUUAUUGGCCAUUUCCUGGUGCCUUUAGAUAGACCAGAAGACAUACUAGUGACAGGAAACAGUUCAGUCAGUUUAAGACUAAAAGUGGCUUGAAGUACACCACAAAGUGCCAGAAAUGGUAGAUUUUUGGGCAAUUUUCCUGGGGAAGGACAGGGACCCUCUCCCUCCCUCUGUUUUAUGGGUUUAUACUAGGUCUGUUUCAAUUACUGAGACAGCCUAAAUCAUGAUCAAGCAUUCAUGAUUAUGGUUUAUUAACUGACAAAUAGGGAAUAACAUAAAUUUUUUAUGAUAAUAUAUUCAAAAUGGAGGGCAAGUGUUAUAUAGGACUGACCUCUUCAAGGGGGGCUCCUUGGCGUGGUGAAGAGGCUCUUGGUCUGAGGAAAUAGACCUGUCGGUCUACUUCCUCAGACCGAACCUAAUUACCCCCCAGUCCCCCGUUCCCUAUCCCAUCCUCCCCUUUUUCCUUUCCUCCUCCUCCUCCCCACCCCUCCCUUUUACCCUUCCUUUUUGGCCUUUGGUUUUUUUUUUUUUUUUUUUCCCACAGGCAUGCUAGUUUCUAGGUAGGGGAAAGGGUACCGGGGUCCAUCCCAUUCCGUUGAGGUUCUUGGCAGUGGCGUAGUUUGCCAUGGAAUCUGGAUUGCCUGGGGAUGUCCUGAUCCCUCUCCGGUAUCCCGGAGGGUGGCUUUGGGUGUCUCUUGGGCGACGGGUGUAUCUCUGGAAGCCACCUUUCGGAUUCCGGGGGUGGUGGCCGAAGGAGGUAUGCAUUGUGGCGGAUUUCCGACCGCCCUCUCUUUUGUCCACCGAGGUAGCUCGGCAGAUGUGAGGUUGCUAUCCCGGAUUGCCGGUUUACUGGCAUGAUGGGUAGGGUAUGGCACGGGUUCCAUGCUGCAUCUGCGCUACUUGCGGUGCUGAGGUCCUCUUGGGCGCGGAGCGAGAUUUCUGGCUUUUUCAUUCCUCCUAGGAACUAUCCCUCCCCGGUCCCCCCUUUUUUUAUUCUUUUUAUUUUUAUUUUCUUUUCUUUCUUUUUUUUCUUAAAAACAAAAAGAAAGAAGUAACCUAACCAUGGCAGCCCUAGUCCAUGAACCUGCUACCCCCGGGCCCCUUCUUGAUACUGCACCCCGUUCUGACCCCGCCUCGUCUUUGGACCACUCUUCGGACACUCCUCAUGCCUCUGUACCUCUUGCCGAUGCUGUUUCCUCACCCGCUUCAGGUACUGAGGCCUCGACUGACUCCUUC